CCCGAUCUCGAAAUUUAGGUAGCUGUAGGCUGUGAGGACACCGCCGUGAGGGGCUGAGAUACCACUCGGAGGGCUGUGCAGAUGGAGUCAUACAACAUAUUAAUUCUCCCACUUUCGCAAUCUCGAUCCGAUCUAUCGCCAAAUAUUAUGAUGGAAAGAUUCUCCAGUUCUCACGAUGGACAAAUCUACAAACACCGUCAACUACAACCCCCUACCUGAAGACGGCUCUCAAAUCCGUCUCAUCACCAUCCUCCCGGGCGGGAAGCACAAGAAGGUAAAAUGCACAGUAUCUAACUUCCCCUUCGUCAAAAAUGCAAGCCAAAACCCCGAGUACGAAGCGCUGUCAUAUGUAUGGGGCGACGCCACGAUCACAACAUCCAUCACGCUAAACAGCCGCCCGUUCCAAGUAACGACGAACCUCGAAGCGGCGCUGCGUGCCCUACGCUUACGGAAUAAGAAGAGGCUCGUGUGGGUAGACGCGAUAUGCAUCGACCAGACCAGCAUCCCGGAACGGAACCAAGAAGUCCGGCGCAUGGGCGAGAUCUACAGCCGCGCCAACAACGUCGUUGUCUGGCUGGGUCGCGCGCAAGAGCCCAACGACGGCGAACAGCUGGAUGAUGAUCGUAUAGCCGAUAAGCUGCACGGGGUACUAGAUACACUAGCGAAUUUACAAUCAGAAAAUGAUGAAGCCGCGGCUGCGCUUCUAGACCGGACGGGUAAUCCCAUUUACGCGAUACGGCUACUUCACCGAUUCUUCUACCGUCCGUGGUUCAACCGUAUUUGGGUUCUGCAGGAAAUCACGCUUGCGAAGACGGCCACGAUUAUGUACGGUGAUAUGCGGAUAGGCUGGGAUCGGCUUGUGCAAGCGGUUGAUGCCCUGCGCAGACUCCAGAUUGGGCAGUACACGUAUGUCUGGCGGUUGAGCGGUGCGAGCAAGGCGGACAGCGUACAAAGAUGUUGGAUGCGGACUCGCGGCGCUACGAAGCAAAGUGAACACCCGUCACCGGUACACCUCGAGCUUGCUGAUUUGCUGUGGCAGACUCGCUUCCACGAAUGGACGGAACCUAGGGAUAGGCUGUUCGGCAUUCUAGGGUUGGUAAAGGGCGAUUUACGGGGCGAGAAGCUGCUUGAGGUCGACUACAUGAAACCGGUAGCUGACGUAUUUAAGGAUUUGAGUAUUUACAUGGUUCAAGGCGGCAUGCUCUCCCAUCUGCUUUGCUCCAUCGUGAAACCAGUGGAUGGGUUGCCAUCGUGGGCAUCGAAUUGGAUCGCUGACUUACAAGGCGAAACUGCUACGAGGCUUUCUAAAGGUCUCAUGAUUUAUAUGCAAAUAUAUGAGUUCAAGGGUGUUCAACAACCGCUAAACCCGCCACGGCUCUCGGACGACCUUUGCCGAAUCACCAUCAAAGGGGCUAUCGUUGAUUACGGUAUUGGACACAUCGGGAAACGAUUCGAGCCCUUCCUAGCCAUGUCGAUCGAAGAAAGGGCUAGGGCUGUUCGUACGCGUCUUAUCGAAUGGGAAGACGAAAUGGAAUCCCAACAUUGUGCACACCAGAUAUUCGAAACACAAGCUGAGAGGCGUGAAGCCUGGAAAUCCGCUGUCCUUCACGAGUUGCUAGGCGAUGAAACCGAGUUAGGCCACCACUACGAUCUAAUGACAGAUCGCGAAAACGAAAUACGGACAGAUAAAGACUAUGCCUUUCUCAUGAAGAUUGUAACCAAUUUUGAUUCGACUCUAGGCCUUAGUUGCGACUAUAUAAGGCCUUUCGUCACGGUGUCAGGUCUGAUGGGGAGUACAGGCACAAAAAGCGAUUUACGGUCCGGAGAUCAGGUCAGUAUACUUGUAGGUUCAGGAGUACCAUACAUACUACGACCUGUGGAUCAAACUAGAGACCUUUAUAAAUUUGUUGGAUGUUGUUGGAUGCCUGGGCUUAUGGAUUUCGACGCGGUCGAGGGAGAAAGGGAGGGAUAUUGGAAACCACACGAUAUCACUCUUAUUUGAUCGAGUAAUUAUUGCAAUCCCGGGUGGAAAUUUUCUAUUUCAGGUUGAUUAUGAUUAAGACGCACCCUGCAACUACUUAGGCUGGCGAGAGAAUAAUGGGAUUGCCUAAAUUUAAGGGGCCGGAGCGUUUUUCUUCGCUGCGUGCUCUUUCCGGCCCUCUUCCUUAAGCUUUUCAUCGUCGGGACGACGUAACUCGACUUGCGGCAUCAUAAACCAUGCGAUCACGAAUGCAAGAGCAGCUAACGAUGCCCCCACGAGAAAUAUCACCCUGAAACCUUGGCGGUACGCGGGAAUCAGCAUUGAGCGGAUGCGCUGGGCCUCAUCCGCAGGUAGACUCGAUAAAUAAGAUUGGGGGCUGCUAAGGAGAUCCUUAAAGCCGGCUUCGUCAGUAUCGAGAGAUGAAAGCGAAUUUGCUAAGAUGUUAUUCCUAGAUGAUAGGGUCAAUAUGAAUGGUUCGUUCGAGAGUUCCUCGGUUGCGGAUCAUGACUGACAGUAAAGUGCCGCAGAUAGCUAGUCCAAAGGUUCCGCCCAAAUUGCGUACGAAAUUUCGGAAAGACGUCACCACAGC